CUUAAUUUUAUAAAAAUGGUUGGGAUUAGAAGGGCUACUUUGGAUGAUUUAAUCCAUAUGCAGCAAACCAACUUGAUGUGACUCCCAGAAAACUAUCAGCUGAAGUAUUACCUUUAUCAUGGCCUGUCCUGGCCUCAUCUAUUGCAUGUAGCAGAGACAGACUCAGGAAGGAUAGUUGGAUAUGUUUUAGCAAAAAUAGAUGAAGAAAGUGGAAAUAAGGAUAAACCAAUAAGUGGUCAUAUCACUUCUAUCAGUGUCCAUCGAGAAUACCGGAAGCUUGGAAUUGCGAAGAGGUUGAUGGAUAUUUGAAUGGAGGAGAUGGUCGAGAUCUACGAUGCAGCCCACUGCAGUCUUAAUGUCAGAGUUGGCAAUGUUGGAGCCAUGAGUCUUUACAGAGAUGUCCUUGGCUUCAAGGUUCUUCAAGAAGAAAUCGAUUACUACGCUGACGAUGAGAACGCAUACGAAAUGAGAAAAUAUUUCAAACCCGAGUAUGAGGAAAUCGAUGCUGAGCAGUACUCAGGAGCUGCCAAGAAAGGCAAGAAACAAGCAGAUGCUGAGAAAAUGAAUGUGGGAGACGAAGAUGAUGCAGGCGAAGAAGACAAACAAGAAGUAGCUAAAGAAGAAACUAAGGAACAACCUGACCAAGAUGAAGUUGAAGACAAACCAAGUGAGGUGUCUGAGUCAACUGAGAAUACACAAGAAGCUGGCUCUGCAGAGCCAACAGCAUCAAAGAAGAAAAAGAAGAAUAGGAAGAAGAAGAGGAGAUAGUUUAAAGGCCCACAUGUUAAAGAACAACUCUAUU